AUGUCCGUGAGCGUCCUCAGAGCUGAGAACCAGUCCUUGAGACGCGAACUGCGUGCCGCCAGUCGCAACGUCGAACGCCUUACGGCUAUUAUUGAGCGUAGAGACCGCGAUAUCGCCAACCUUAUUACGGCUCAUCACACCGAGAAGAUGUUUCUUCUAAACAACCUUGAAGCGCGCAUGACUGAGCUCAUGCGGCUUCAUCCAGAGCUCGUUGGCCAGAUAAACGGACAGGAGAACCGGGUGACGAUGGCCCCUGCCGAAGAGAACAAGGUCCAUGGCUUCGCGCUGACGAUCAAUCCGAUGCAGGAGGAAGGAGCGCACGAAAUUCGAUUCAUUGCCGGCCAGGAGAAAUACGUCACUAGAGCGGCGGCUGGAGCGGCUGGGCUCCUUUUUGAAUUCACCGAAACGGGUAAUCCCAUCGACCUCCGACAGAACUUCAAGCGCAAAGCCAACGCUCGUCUCCAAGCUCGUGUGGGAGCAUAUCUGCGUAACCAUCCGGACGAAGUGGCCCCCGACAUUGUCUUCCGUUGCUGCCGUUCCAAGUGGGUCGUCAAUACGCCCUUCCCCCUCCAAGAGGUUGCGGAUAUCCUAACUGAACUUUUGGAAGAGACAAACAUGGCCAUGCAUUUGGCAGAGUUGUACACUGAGAUUCACUCGCAGCUUCAGGACUAUAUCCGAAUUCAGCGGUUUUCACUUGUGCCGUGA